CACUGAUUGGCAUUGAUAGGUGGCACUGAUGGGUAACAUUGAAAGGCAGCUCAGAUGGGCACUGAUAUGUGGCAUUGAUGUGCACUGGUAUGCACUGAUAUGUGGCAUUGAUGUGCACUAGUAUGCACUGAUAUGUGGCAUUGAUGUGCACUGAUAUGUGGCAUCGAUGUGGCACCAAUGGGCACUGGCACGUGGCACUGAUAGGCACUGACAGGUGGCACUUCUUGGGCCACACUGAUCAUCAGGGCACACUGAUCAUCAGUGCCCUGAUGAUCACUGUCACGCUGGAGAGAAAUGCCGAUAACUGGCAUUUCCAUGUUUACAUGUGAUCAGCUGUGAUUGGA